GUAACCGGCAACUAGAGGCUGUAGGUUUUUACCUACAUAGCCGCGCUAAAUCUUUUGAUUAAUGUAACAUGUUAUUUUAUAUUUUUAUCUAAUAGGUGACUUUCAUGGAAUCAUGUCGAAAGUAGUUAAUUCUGGCGAGUAUAAGCCAGGUAGUAUAUAUAGGAUUGCACUGGAAAACUUUGUGACGUAUAAACAAGUAGAAUUGUAUCCUGGCCCAUCAUUAAAUGUCAUUAUUGGUCCCAAUGGAACUGGGAAAUCGACCUUUGUUUGCGCAAUAAUUUUGGGUUUGUGCGGGAAAACAAGUGUCAUUGGCAGGGCCAAAAAGAUAUCAGAGUAUGUAAGAAGUGGGUGCCAGCAGGCAAAUAUAGAAAUAGAAUUAUACCAAAAAACUGGACAGAAGAAUGUUAUCAUCACAAGAAGUUUUAAUGUUAAGGAAAUAUCAAUGUGGUAUAUUGAUCAUAAGACCAGCAGAGAGAAACAAGUGCAAGAACUUAUUGCAUCACUUAAUAUACAGGUUGACAACCUCUGCCAACUUCUGCCACAAGAUAGGGUACAGGACUUCUCUAAAAUGGACUCGCAGCAGUUAUUACGGAGUACACUGUCAGCUGUUGGUGGACACAACAGUGUGACACAGUUGGAGGAACUCAUCUCAGCCAGGAAUCAACAGAGAGGAUUAAACACCACACUGGAGAGUAAUGCUCAGUUGCUACAGGAGCAGAUUAGAUUGAACGAAAGGUUAAAAGUAAGUAUAGAAGCUAUGAAUGAACGAAAGGAUAUUGAACAUAAAAUUGAGAUAUGUGAAAAGAAGAAGCUAUGGAUAGAAUAUCAUGAACUUAGGGAGAAAGUAGUAGAGUAUUGCAAUGACAAAAAAGAAGCCGACAAACUAGUGAAGAGCCAUCAGACAAAAAUGAAGCCUUUGGAGAAUAUUGUUGCAACAUCCAAAGCCAAAAUAAAUAAGUGUGAAGAGAGCAAAUUGAAAGCUGGUCGCCAUAUUCACUCUCUACACGAACAAGUAAAGAACAAAUUAAAAACGUGUCAGAAUUUCGAAUAUACACUCAAAGAUAUCGAGAAUACAUUCCAAGAGAAAAUGGAACAAUACCAGAAUAGAGAGACAGAAUUGACUGCAGCCAAGAAUAAGUUGCAGAAACUGAUGGCUGAUAAAGAGAAGCUGGUGGAAACUGCUGGGGAUGAGACUCGAGUAAAAAUGGAGUUAGCAGAGCUUCACAAACCUAUAUCCAAAACAAAUGCUCUAAUUGAUAUGAGAAAGAAAGAGAAGCUAGACGUACAGUAUGAUCUGGAGAACAACGUCGUUCCUCAGAUGCGACUGUUUCAAAAUAGAAUCCGUAACCUGGAAGACGUAAAUGAAAAGCGAUUGGAAGUUCUCCGUUCAUACAGCGAAGAUGCUUAUAAUGCGGUUAUGUGGCUGAGAGAGAAUAGAUCUAUGUUCCAACAGCCUGUAUAUGAACCUAUGAUGCUCGAGAUAAAUCUAAAGGAUAAAAAGUUCGCGCGCUACUUAGAGGCCACUGUCGCCUCUAGAGACCUGGUAGCUUUCACGUUCGAGUCCACGCAGGACAUGAACCUGUUCAUGAAACACGUGCGAAGCAUUGGCCUUAAGCGGGUCAAUGCGGUGUGUAGCCAGGGCGGGCCUGUUAUAGUCAAUAAGCCGGACAUAUCACAGCUGAGUUACCUCGGGUUCUACGCUUACGUAAUGGACGCAAUAACAGCCCCGGACCCCAUAAUGCGGUACCUCUGCUCACAGUAUGGCAUCCAUAAGAUACCCAUCGGUAAUGAACACACGUACAACAACAGCGACAAAGUGCCGUCUAACAUUACAUUCUUUUUUACUGAGAACCACAGAUUCCGAGUUCGUGUGUCGGCAUAUAGCGGCGCAAAAUCGAGUACCACCACAGAGAUUCCGCCAGCGAGACUGCUGGCCAAUACUGAUGACGUGGAACAGAUCACCAAUUUCAAAAACCAAUUAUCUCGUCUGGAGCAAACAGCACAAUCGCAUAAGAGAAAAAUACAAGAGGUGAAUGAUAAUAUAUCUGUCUUGGAAGUGUCUUUGAAUGAGUUGAACAUGAAGAGGAAACAGAUUAACGAUAACGUGGAGAGGGUCAAAACAAUAUCAGCUCAGAUCCGACUGCAAGAGAGCAAAGUCCAUCACAUACAGAACGAGCCACUUGUGCAAAUAGACGUUGAGAAGAAGAAGUGCGAGAGGGAGCAGAGGGAGGUUGUGGUGCAACAGUGCGCGGCGCAGAGGGAACUGUGCCACCUCAUGAAGGAACUGCAGAAGGGGAUUGUUGACAGAGAGCUGUGGACGAUACGGCUGGAUUUUAGCAGAAUCGAAAUAGUGAGUCAAGAAGCCACACUCAGAGAACUCAGGAACGAAUUGAAUAAUGUUCAAGCCGCGUUAGAAAACAUUGAAAACCUACUAACGAGAGCCAAAUCGAACGCUAAAGAGAAGCUUCUAGAAGCGAAGCGAACCUGCAAUAACAAACUACCUCAAGACCCUGACUUUCCUUACAAAGACGAGUUCAACGACCUGCCUUCAGAUCUUAGGCAGCUGCAGGAGCACUGCAUUGAGUUGCAGACCAGAAUUGAUUGUAUGGGUGCCAAUGAUGACCAGAUUGUAAAAGAGUUCGAGAACCGAGAGAGAUUGAUAGCAAAACUGAAAGUGGACGUUAGCAGUUCGUCGGAAACUAACAAAAAUCUUGUGGAAAAGAUGAAUAAGAUCAAAUCAAAAUGGCUGCCGGCGUUAGAGAAACUACUGAACGAUAUAAACAGAAGUUUCGGAAAUAUGUUCUCGAAGCUUGGAUGUGCGGGGGAGAUAAGACUGGAGAAAACUGGAUCGGAUGAAGACUACGACAAGUACGGUGUGGGGAUAUUCGUGAGCUUCCGCGGCGGGGAACAGUUACAACAGCUGACGAGACACGCGCAGAGCGGCGGAGAACGAGCGCUGUGUACCGCCUUGUAUCUGAUGGCGCUGCAGACAUUGUGUGUGGUACCCUUCCGAUGCGUGGAUGAAAUAAACCAAGGUAUGGACGCAGUCAACGAACGCAAGAUGUUCCAACUGCUGGUUAAGGUGACCACGGAGUGUGACAACUCGCAGUACUUCCUGUUGACGCCAAAAUUACUGAGGCAUCUGCAGUUCGGCGAAUCUGUGAUGAUCCACACAAUUAUGAAUGGGAAACAGAUCAUGAACUACAAGCAGUGGAACGUUGUCAAGCAUCUUGAGAACGCACACAACUACAGACCAUAAAUACCAAAACACAAGCGGAGCUUUAAAUCAAAGAUAAUAGAAGCUACUCGAAUUAUUUUACACCUAGUGCUCUGUAAGCGGCUUGAGGUCUUUUAGUUUUUUUUAUGAAAAUAAGGGAGGAGACGAGCAGGACGUUCAACUGAUGGUAAUUGAUACGCCCUGCCCAUUGAAAUGCAGUGCCGCUCAGGAUUCUUUGAAAAGCCCCAAAAAUUUUGAGCGGCACUACAACUGCGCUCGUCACCUUGAGACAACAUGUUAAGUCUCAUUUGCGCAGUAAUUUCACUAGCUACGGCGCCCUUCAGACCGAAACACAGCAAUGCUUACACACUGCUUCACGGCAGAAAUAGGCGCCGUUGUGGUACCCAUAAUCUAGCUGGUAUCCUGUGCUAUAAGGAGCCUCCAACUGCUUAGUAUAUGUAUAAUUGAACUUAGCGUAUAUGUAUACAACUACUACUUGUACAUAUUGGAAUCUGAAAAGAGAUGGUGGUUAAGUAUCAUGCCGCCCAGAAACUACGCUGAUACGCGCGGUUAUUCGUUUGAUGUGACGCCACCGCGAUAAUUGUUCCGCAACUUAAUAACUUAAUGUUGAUUUAAGAUUACGACAACAUACCUAUUUAUAGUAUAGACAAAAUUAAGCUAUUUUUAUAAGUUUAUAUUUACUGGGUAGGCACACUUUUAGGUAAAAAACACAACCCUAAUGUCGUUAGAAGAGGUAAGAGUCACGCGUUAGAAAGAGAGACAAAUUAUAGGUGAAUAAAAAUGUAGGUUAAUAGCGCUGUGCGAUCUGAAUUACUUCUUAUUGUAUGGCCGCAAGAGUUAUUUCUUUAAUUGAUUUUGCGGAGUGAGACUUCUGUACUUGUACUAUUACAUUUUCUUCAAUAAUGGUCAAUCACUUCUGCGUGCAUCGUAGUGUGCAGCCAUAAUUGCUUUUUGGUUUGGUAUCUAGUGAAAUUUCUGGGCUAAUGAAACUCAACAUCUUACGUCUCAAAGUGACGAGCGCAAUUGUGAUGCCGCACAGAAUUUAGAGUUCAAUCAAUAAUCAUGAGCGGCACUGCGUUGUAAUGUGCAGGGCGCACUACCAGAUGAAUGUCUUGCUCGUCAUUUUCUCAUUAAAAAAUUCACUCUCUAAUUCUUAAGUUCCUUCAACGAGAAGCGAGACAAAAUUCCUUCGUUCUUUCCGAUUAUUAUAAGGAGUAGGUGACCUGAUUUACUGCCAAAAUGAUUAUCUAUUCGAAUUUUGAGAAGGCGUUGGACAGCAAUUUGUUUUCAACAUUAAUAAGCAAUGAGCGAUUUGUGAGUGGUUCAUAAUGGAGAAUAUACAUAUAAUUUAAAAGUCAAAUACCUAUUUUAUUUUUAUACAAUUUAUUAUCAUCUCUCUACAAUUUCUGUAGAACUUAAAUAUUUGAAAAGCCAAGAACGAUCAAAUUUGACGUAAAAAUAUGGCGAAAGUUGUCAAAUAUCAAUCUACCCUCUCCGGUGGUCUAUUUGCUAUCAAGAACUAUGAACUCAUUGUUCGUAAUUACCAAGGAUCAUAUUAGCAGGCGUUUAAAUGUCCACAUCGGCUGCUCAUUUUAAUUUAGUUACAUUUUAGACAUUACGUUUAUUUUAUUAAAUUUUAUAUAAUUAUAUUACGAUGUAAUUAAUCGAAUAAAAAUAUUAUUUUUAUUCUUGGAUUAUGGAUUGGUCUCCGCUACGCUCCGACUAGAUACCGCAGCCGAAGUCGCAAAGUGCAGUAACUAAUACUACGCCCAGGUAGGCGUACUCGAGCCAGUCUCGAACAAUGUGUGACGUUGACGUGCCACAUGUUCUGUUAAACUUUGCUAAUAAAUGAAACUAAAAUUCCGGGUUGCGUAGGAAGACUUUGUAAAAAUAAUACUACAAGAAAUAAGAAAGACACUAGGAUAACAUAUUAUCAUCAGUAAGUAUUUUAUAUUUAAUUAAUUUCAAUGUAAAAUAACAUUAAGCGUAUAUAAGUUACAAAAUUUGAAAGAUGCCGUUGUGUGUCAAGAUGCCACGCACAUACAUCUAAUAGUUGCAGUAGUAAAAAAGCUAGUGCGGUAUCUUGUUGGAGCGCAGCGGAGACCAAUCCUAAAUCUAAGUUUUUAUGCUUAGAGCCGGUAUAUCCCUGGUUCUAAAUUCUCUAACGACCGUUAUCAAUAACCUAUCGACAGAUAGCAUUGGACUGUAACUAUAUUGGACAUAAUUAUGGAUAGAUAAAAUCUUGUCAUUAAACGGCGAUAGCAAUGUUUAAAACCUCCGUAAAUCUACCUCUUAUAGUGGUGCGGAUCGCGCUUGACCUGACUUUUGUAUACGGAAUUUUUAUCAAUAAGGCUUUCUUGAGAUAAACAAAUUAUGUUGUGUGUUAGAUUAUAAGUUCUUUAAUUAGACUUUGAGUUGACUUAUUCAUUGUCACCAUAGUUUAAAACGGCUCCCGUAUACCCUAUAUAGUAUAGUUGAUCUAUUAUAGUUGGUGUGUGACACAAAACAAACUAUGAUAUUGUAUGAUAGUUAAUUUAUUCAUUUAAGUCAGAAAAUGACACUUAAGAAUGUCUUGUUUUUUUGUCACACCGGAAAAGUUGAGCUUUAUUAAGAAGAAGUCGCAUGAAAAUCGUUGUGUUUUAUAUGUGAUACAAUUAUUGUACUCAAGAGUUAAGAGUUUACACUUACAUGCUUGAGUUAUAUGAAAAUAUAUUAAAUCAGAGGAUAACUGUGUAUUAUAUUUGUUGAUUGAUGUCUUGCAUGUAAGUACAUUAAAAACCUAACGUACUGGCCACGGAACAAUCGCCGAAGCGAAUAUUCGCGCGGUGCGAACGGCCAAGCGUUUUGCGAGUAGAAUAAAUCUAUCGAAAUGUACUGAUCAAGCCACGCGCUACGGCGAAUGGCGAAGCGACCGGCGAAAUAAACCGAACCGAGCGGGCGACUGAAACAAAUGCAUGAAUGUACGGCGCAAGCGGAGACGAGCGGUACACGCGGCGAAUAGUUCAGAAACUAAACAAGUUUAGUUGUUUUCGCCGCGAAUAAAAUGAACUGUGAAACUUUCAUUUAAAAAUUAUUAUAAUCGAAGGUUUCGAUACUCAUUCUGGUAUACUCGAAAAAAAAUUCUGGAUACAUUCUGUAUUUCUCGUGUAAUUCUAAAUCUAUAUCCCGAUUCCUAUUCAAAUCAUGUACUCCACAAUUUCUUCCAAAAAUUACGUUUUAACCCAAAAAUUAUUAGUUAUUAUUAGUCUGUACCGCACGGAUGUUCCCCCCUCCCCCCACCAUCGCUUCACCGUUCGUCCCGCACAUCCCCGUGGCCAGGCCGUAAGUGGUAAGCGGUGACUUACUUAAGCCUUAGUUACUGCGUAAAACAUGAGCAGGUUGCCAGUCCUAUAUUGUAUUGUCAAAAUCGAUCCGAUCGGCUCCGGAGAUUGGCUGAAACAGACAGAUGUUUUAAUUAUAUUUUUCUUCAUGUAUAUAUUUCAUAUAUUUCUUCAUAUAACUCCUACUACUACUACUACAAUAAUUGAAAUGCAUUUGUUAUUUGACGUUUCAAAACACGUGUGUAAGAGACAUAUAGUGUAAGAGAGACAACUGACAUCUAUAUGACUUGUCUUAGAGUAUUAUUUAUAUUACUUCUGUAUUUAUCUUGCUUUUUGACCCGUACUUUAAUAAUGUUAUUUUAAGAUACGAUAUGAUCGUGUUUGUGAUGCUACGACAGCAAUCAUAAGUUCUUUUUAACAGAGGUUGCCAUAUUUGUAUAAUAAAGUUUUUUUUU